ACCCACAGCAAAUUACUGUCAUCACCAUAUCCUUUGCCAACACCUCCACCCUCACAGGAGUGAUGGUUAGGACAUCAGUAACAACCUUGUAUAACAACAGUUCUCCUAAUACUAGGUUUCCAAACCCAUCUCUAAAUUUACAAUUUUGCCACAAUGCCACUAAACUCCUCUCUCUGAAAGCCCCAUUUCCUCUCAUUAAUAAAUAUCCAUUUCUCCAAUAUUCCCAUCUUCAUCACAAAAACCCCACAAGCAGUGCUAUCCAUUUCAGGUCCUUGGUGAUCAAAGCAUCAUCAUCAAUGGCUUCUUCAACAGAGACCAAACCUUUCGCUGUUCUUUUUGUGUGUCUAGGCAACAUUUGUAGGAGUCCAGCUGCUGAGGGCGUGUUUACUGAUAUUGUUAACAAGAGAGGACUUGAUUCUAAGUUCAAGAUUGACUCUGCUGGCACCAUUAAUUACCAUGAGGGUAAUCCAGCAGACUCAAGAAUGAGGGCAGCUUCUAAAAGGCGUGGGAUUGAGAUAACUUCCAUAUCAAGGCCCAUUCGACCGUCUGAUUUUAGAGAUUUUGAUAUCAUUCUUGCUAUGGACAACCAAAAUAGAGAGCAUAUAAUGGAAGCUUUUAAUAAGUGGAAAUUUAAAGAGACACUUCCUGAUGAUGCACACAAGAAGGUUAAGCUAAUGUGUUCUUUUUGUAAGAAACAUGAUGAAACAGAAGUCCCAGAUCCUUACUAUGGCGGACCACAGGGUUUUGAGAAGGUCUUGGAUCUACUUGAAGAUGCUUGUGAAUCAUUGUUGGACAGCAUUUUGGCUGAAAAAAAUUAACUUGUGGUUAAAUGCUGGUUGAUCCAACCUUUGGUUUUGACAUUUUAUUAGUGAUUUAAAGCAACUGCAUGUAAUACAUCAAGAGAGGGGGCGACUUUGAAUGAUCUGGGAGUUAGGGUUUGUGUCUGUGUAGAGAAAAAAGAUGUUUUUAUAACUGUUUGCUUUAUAUAGUAAGGUUUUAUUUUGGUUAAA